AUGGAGGAGGACAACAACCACGAAAACCCUAACACCAACAACAACCAACCGGCACCCAGCAACUCCACAUCCUCCCCUCCGCACCCUUCCUCCCCCUCCGCUUCCACCGGCGGCUCGAAGAAGGGCGGCGGCGGGGGGAAGUCCGGCGGGAAAGGAGGCCCCGACAACGGCAAGUUCCGGUACCGGGGCGUCCGGCAGCGCAGCUGGGGGAAGUGGGUCGCCGAGAUCCGCGAGCCGAGGAAGCGGACCCGCAAGUGGCUCGGCACCUUCUCCACCGCCGAGGACGCCGCCCGAGCCUACGACCGCGCCGCCCUCGUCCUCUACGGCUCCCGCGCCCAGCUCAACCUCCAGCCCUCCUUACCCGCCGGCUCUUCCUCCACCGCCACUUCCACCGCCUCCUCCUCCUCCUCCUCCUCCCAAGCCGCUCGCAACUCCUCGGCUCAAACCCUCCGCCCCAUCCUCCCCCGCCCCUCCUCCUCCUCCUUGGGCUUCGCCGGCUUCAACCCUUUCGCUGCCACGUCAGCGUACCACCCCCAGCAACUCCUCCACAAUGUCGCGGUGCCUGAUACGACGCCGUCCUUACCGUUCCCUUUUUCGCAUCACCUGCUCCAUCACAACAGCCAUUUCCAGCAACUCCCCAGCCAUCCCAUGAUGGGCUCUACGACGACGACGACGACGUAUGAGGAUGUAGGACAUCAACGACAGCUGCAUCAGCAGGGCGAGGGGCAUUGUCUCUACGACGACAUAGGUGUGCUGGCCGGGUCGGUUGGAUCCGGGCUGUCGAUCUCGAACAACGCGACGCAGCCGGUUCAUGUUGCUGCGACUGGGCUGGGCCAGCAAGAUCCGGGCUUGCAUGUCGGGCCCGGGUCGCCUGGAGCUGGAUUCUGGCCCACGAUUUCGGGUGAGGAGUACCCGGCGCCGUCGAUAUGGGACUACGGCGACCAUUCCUUGUUUGACUUCUAG